CUAGUUAACAAUGUCUGUCCAAAUCUUUGGUGAUCAAGCCACGGAAGAAAGAGCUGAAAAUGCUCGUAUGUCGGCCUUUGUCGGUGCAAUUGCAGUCGGAGACUUGGUGAAGUCUACUUUGGGCCCAAAAGGUAUGGACAAGUUAUUACAAAGUGCUACUGACACGGAGUCGUCUAUGAUAACAAACGAUGGUGCCACUAUCUUAAAAUCCAUUCCAUUUGAUAACCCAGCUGCCAAAGUAUUGGUGAAUAUCUCAAAAGUUCAAGAUGAUGAAGUUGGUGAUGGUACUACUUCUGUCACAGUAUUCGCAGCUGAGUUGUUGCGAGAAGCAGAAAAGUUGAUUGAAAAGAAGAUCCAUCCGCAAACUAUUAUCGAAGGUUACAGAAUUGCUCGCAAUGUUGCUAUAGAAACGUUGAACAGAUCUUCUGUUGACAACAAGUCCGAUCCAGAAAAGUUCAGAGCUGAUUUGUUGAACAUUGCUAAGACCACUCUUUCUUCGAAGAUUUUAUCCCAAGACAAGGAGUUGUUUGCCGAGUUAGCCGUUAGCGCAAUUCUCAGAUUGAAGGGAUCUACUAAUUUAAACAAUAUUCAAAUUAUCAAGAAAGCUGGAGGAAAAUUAACAGACUCUUACUUAGAUGAAGGUUUCAUUCUUGAAAAGAAGUUUGGUAUCAACCAGCCUAAGAAGAUAGAAAAAGCCAAGAUCUUAAUUGCGAACACUUCCAUGGAUACUGAUAAAGUAAAAAUUUUUGGUGCUAAGUUUAAGGUGGACUCUACAUCCAAGUUGGCCGAGUUAGAAAAGGCCGAGAAGGAAAAGAUGAAGAAUAAGGUUGAAAAAAUCAAGAAGUUUGGCGUGAAUGUCUUCAUCAACAGACAAUUAAUCUACGACUACCCAGAACAAUUAUUUACGGAUGCAAAAAUAAAUUCUAUUGAGCAUGCUGACUUCGACGGUAUCGAAAGAUUGGCCUUGGUUACAGGAGGUGAGGUUGCUUCCACUUUCGACCAUCCAGAGAAGGUUAGGUUAGGGUACUGUGACAGCAUUGAAGAAAUCUUGAUUGGCGAGGACGUCUUCACCAAGUUCUCGGGAGUUGCUGCUGGUGAAGCUUGUACUGUUGUCUUGCGUGGUGCUACAGAACAAGGUUUGGAUGAAGCUGAAAGAUCUUUACACGAUGCAUUGUCAGUUUUGUCUCAGACCACAAAGGAAACCAAAACUGUUUUAGGUGGUGGUUGUUCUGAGAUGAUCAUGUCAAGAGCUGUUGACCAGACAGCUGCCAACGAAACAGGCAAGAAGUCAUUGGCCAUCGAGGCAUUUGCUAGAGCUUUGAGACAAUUGCCAACUAUUUUGGCUGAUAACGCUGGUUUUGACUCUUCAGAAUUGGUGUCCAAGCUAAGAUCUGCUAUCUACAAUGGAAUGGCCACUUCCGGAUUGGACUUGAACAACGGUGUUGUCGCUGACAUGAGAGAACUGGGUAUUGUUGAAUCAUACAAGUUAAAGAGAGCAGUCGUCUCGUCUGCUGCUGAGGCUGCUGAAGUGUUGUUGAGAGUAGACAACAUUAUUCGCGCUAAGCCAAGAACAUCCGAUAGAAACCAUUAGAUAGAAUUACCCUUUAAUAUCUUGUAAUUGGAAGUACUUAACUUG